AUUGUUGCCAGCAUUUGAGGUGGUGCCAACGGGUUUUGACUCCGACACUUCCGCUCUCAGCAUUUCCAUUCCCAUGGAGUCGGAGGUUGGCUCUGAUGUUCUGUCACCCCAGGAGCUCUCUCCCAGCUUCCCAAAAUUUUUUGGAGACAACCCAGCGAGCCAGUGCAGUGUGUCAUGCCACCAGCUGGAGGUGGAUGCUCCGAUUUCCACACAAGAUCCAGAGUGUCCUGCUGUCUCCAGACUUGUUGGAGCGAAGCAGGAUCCACUCGACUGCUCUUCUGACACGGGGAGUCCCCUCCUUGUUCUGACCAGCACUCAGGAUCUUGCUAAAAACGAGUCCAAAAUUUUGGACAGCAGCCUGCAGAGAUGGGCUGCUGGUGUUUUGGCUGGAGCUCAAGAUGGAGUGGAAGCUGACAGAGGAUCCCAGACCUCCAGUGUGGGAAGUGAGAGAAAUAAGGAGCAAGGAGGUGAUUCUUUGCUGGGGUUGGGUGUGUUGAAGGACAUCCGGGAGCUCCUGGCAAAGGCAGAGGAUUUGAGUGCCAGGUGGUGUCCUCCUGCCUUUUCCAUGGCCUCUUGUAGAGAAACUGGGGAGUCUUCCCUGGUGCUGCUGAGACAGGAGGAUGAUCCCAGAGAUCCCAGGUGGGCGAAGGACAGAACCCCUCAGUUCCAGAAGAGACCGUCGUGGGAUGAGGCUGCGACCCGGCCAAGUGUGCGAGAAGAAAGGUUGGGAAUAAACCCUUGGAAUUCUGACACGUGUAACUUAAGGUGGGAGAACCCUUUGGACAUCAACUUGCACCGCGGCGAAGGGAUGAAGGAAAUAUCCCAGGAGUUCAGGGCGGGAAAAUCGGCGGGAAGGUCGGAGCCGGAGGGUUGUAGCAGCGUCACCACGGACAGGAACCAACGUGCCCUGGUGGGCCUGGCACAGAGCAGUGCCAGCAGUGAGGGCAGCACCGGGGCAGCCUCAGAGCUGGGCAAUCCUCCUUCCUCAGAGCCCCCUGGAAGCAUCACUGAUAUCCCAGGAACCUUCCAGAGCACGUCCCAGUCUGGUGGAGCUGGAAGCAAAGCCGGCGGCGCCCGGGGGAGCGACGAGAGCAGCAGCGGAGAUUCCCUGGCUGCCCGUGUCAGGAACCUCCUGGGGAAUCCUCCCCCCUCAUCAGAGCAUCCCCCUGGCACAGGGGGAUUCCAGAGCAUCCUGAGUGGAGCUGGUGGUGCCAGGAUCAAGGGAGGAGGGCUGGGGGGCAGCGGCAGCAGCAGCAGUGGGGAUUCCCUGGCUGCCCGUGUCCGGACCCUCCUGAGGAGUGGAUCCCCUGGGAUAGAGGCAGCCCGAAUCCUCAGGAAUGCAGAGGAGCAGGAGAGGAAAAUCCGAGCCUGGGUGAAGCUGAGACUGGCCAACAGAUCCCAGGAAUCUCUGCCAGACUGGGAUGAGGAGACCCAGCAAAGAAUCGAGGAAAUCAAGGCAGAGCUGCUCCUGAGGGCCAAGAAAUCCGUGCAGGCCAAGGAUCCCUGGGACUGUGGUUUGGGAGCUGCCUCUGAGUGUCUCCAUAACCAGGAUCAGGACACAGAGCAUUUCAAAGCUCCAGGAUUCCCAAGUGUCAGACCCCCCCAGCCCACCAGGACUCGGGAGCUUUCAGAGCCCAGCUCAGGAGAGGCUGUGCUGUUCCACAGAUCCCAUCCCUCCGAUCGCUGCCUGCUGAGGGACAUGCAACUGAAAUCCUGGAAUGCUGCUCCUGGAAUGCCUGUGUGCAACCAACACCCAACAGCUGCACCAGGCCAUUCCCACAGCAUGGCUGAACUUUACCCACCACUGGAAUGGGAUCCCUGUGCAACGGGGUCUGAGGUACAAACAGAAUUCCUUGUGCCGGCUCCGAAGGUGCUGCCGGUGGAGAAGAGCUCGGAAGGGAUGGGAAAGCCGAGCACUUCCAUCACCUUCUCAUCCCAGGGAUGCCUCCAGUCCCCACUGGGUUCCCAGGCACUGGGCAGCAGCCUCUCCAGGGAUGGGUUUGAUGGGAUCACACCUUUGGAUGUCGACUCUGGUGCCACUGGGGAACAGAGCCAUGACACACAACACUGGGAAGGAUCUGGGACUUGUCCUGCAAGUCCAGUGCUGGCUGGCUCCAUGUUCCAGGAGGUUAAUCCUGCAGAUCAAGGCAGGGUUCAUCCCAUCUCUGCUGACAGGGACAGAGCUGGAGUUUAUCAGGACACAGACUCUUCGUCAGCUCAGGAUUCUGGGAGUGUCCAUGCUGGGAAAAGACAGACUCCCAGCGCAGAAAAAUGUGAUUUUUUGGCCCAGGAUGUGGGUGAGUUGGGCAGGCAGAGGGACAUGGGGUUCAGUCAGGAAAGAAAUCCAUUCAUUGAACCCCAUUCCCUGAGCUCUUCCCAGCAGGAGAAGAGCAGCUCUGACCACAUCCAGCUCAGUGAGAGCUUGGAAAGUUCAGCUCCAGCAGAACAAAUGGAUUUGCUCCAGGGUCGGAGCGAGCUGGGAGAAGAGAGGAAAAGUCCUGCUGAACCACCUCUCAUUCCAACAGAGGUUGGGAGGGACCAAGUGGAGGCAUCUCACCAUUCACCCCCAGAGGAGGUUUUAUCCACCACAUCUGCAGCUCCCCCUUCACCAACCAAGAAAUUCCUGUCCUGUGUCCACAUCACCCUCUCCUCCAAGGUCCGUCACGUGGAGCUGCCGAACGUGGACGCGGAAAACGGGGUGAAAGUGGGGGAUAAACCCGAAGUUCAGGCUCAAUUGAAAGCUCCAGAAGAUUUAAGAGAAGCUGCUCCUGAAUUCCCACCUGCUGACCUUAUUCCAGAAGGUCCAAGAUCACCUUUCCCAGUGGCUUCAGCAGAUCCCAGCCGGGUGUUUCCCUCUGGGCAAGAGCUGGUGCAGCAAAGCAGUGAGAGACCUCAAGUCCCUGCUCUGGGAUCAGGGGGGUUUAUUCCCAAGGAUCUCUCCAGCUCUGUGCUUCCUACAAAACCUGGGAGGAGGACUUCAGAUGCUGCCACUCAGAUCACCACAGAAGGUCCUGAAAAAACCACCUUUUCAGCAGAAAUUUAUGUUCAUCCCCAAGAGGAUGAAGGUGCUGCCCAGAAACCACCUGAACUUCCCAAAGUUACAUCCCAUAACGAGAUUCCCCCCUUCCCAAGGCAACCUGCUCAGCCCUUGCUGGUGCCAUACAAACCUUCUGGAAGCACUGGGAUGUAUUAUGUUCCUUUCCUAAAAGGAGGAGCCAAAAUGCCUCCAGUUGAGUCAGAAACCAGUGGUGGGAGCUCUCACUCAGGGUCCAACGAUGCUCCUCCUCCAAGGUUUCUGAGCCACGUGCCUGGUUUGAGGGAUGAGAAUCCUCCAGGAAGUGCAGCUCUCCAACAGAAAGAAAGAUCCCACAGUAAGAGGAACAAGCCCAAGCUGGCCUGGGCUGAGGAGCAGAGGAUACCCCUGGAAGACUCUGCAGAACACAGAGACCAUUCCAAACCUGGAAAAUCCACUCAUUCCACCUUCAAAUCCACACGGUUCUACCUCCACCGUCCCGUGCCCACGUGUGACACCAGUGAGUUCUCCGAGGACAGUUCCGGAGUGGGAAUUCCUCCCCCUUCCUCCAGCGGUGCCUGGAAAAAACCACACCGGCAUCAACGGGUGUUCUCUGCCCAUCACAGGAAAAGUGGGACAAGGGAGUUCUUUGCACUCACUGCAGAAGCAGAUGAGAGUAAAAACGAGGAUCUGAGCGUUGGGAAUGAGACGUCGGGGACAGAGCGAGAAGCAGAACAAGGAGCAGUUGGGAAUUCUGCUUUGCCACGGAGCCAAACAACUCUCCGGGAUGGGAACGUGGAGGAACCACCAAGGCAGAGAACCCACUGCAGUGGGAGCUUGGAUGAGCUGUGGGUUAAGUUUCUGGAGAGGCAGAGGAGGCACCAGCAACGCGGUUUGAGGAGUACCGGGGAGCUGUCCCUGGUGGAACGCCUGGAUCGGCUGGCCAGGGUCCUGCAGAACCCCAUCCAGCACACCCUGAUCCCGGCAAAAGCCGGGAGGAACGUUCCCGAAAGGAAGAUCAGGGGAAGGGAGCAGACAAAAACAGGAUUGGGAGAGAACAACGCAUCCGGGAGCGUUGUCGGAGAAAGAGCGCGGGACGACACCGGGAUGGGAGACACAACCAUCCUGGAGGAGCAGCAGCACCGUUGGGAAUCUCCCAGCGACAGUUCCUCGGAGACGAGGCUGAGCGGAGAGCACGGCACCACCACCACCACCACCACUUCCAGCGGCUGGGAGUGGGACACGCCGACGGAGCCGGGAAGCGCGACGGAGCGGAGCAGCUCCGUGUCCACCAUCGACACGGCCAGGCUGCUCCGGGCCUUUGGCCACCACAGGGUCACCCUGUCCCCCAGGGUGUCCCCCAGGGUGUCUCCCAGGCUUUCCCAGCUCUAUUCCGCCAUCGGCCUCCAGAAGAGCCGCUCGGAAAAGCGGGAUGAGGGAAGCGGCGAAGCGGCGGGAGCGGAAUAUCCGAAGGUCGGCGCCGAGAGGCACAGGAGGGGGAAGGAGACCCAGAGCACCAUCACCUUCUCCUCGGAUUCCACCUGGGCCAGCAGCACCUCUUGGGGUCCCAGCUCUGCCCUCAGCACCAAGAGACGGAUCCGGAUGUUGAACAAAGGGAUCCAGGCAGGAAAGCUGGGCUCCCAUCAUGCCUCGUGGUGA